AUGUUUGUUCGUUUUGGUAUCUUCGUAUUGUUGUGUGGUAAGUUUCAUUGCUUACUGUAACGCUUUAUGGCUAAGCUAUGGCUGACUAGACCUAGACCUAGACCUAGACCUAGACCUAGACCUAGACCUAGACCUAGACCUAGACCUAGACCUAGACCUAGACCUAGACCUAGACCUAGACCUAGACCUAGACCUAGACCUAGACCUAGACCUAGACCUAGACCUAGACCUAGACCUAGACCUAGACCUAGACCUAGACCUAGACCUAGACCUAGACCUAGACCUAGACCUAGACCUAGACCUAGACCUAGAACUAGACCUAGACCUAGACCUAGACCUAGACCUAGACUUAGACCUAGACCUAGACCUAGACCUGGGCUUAAAAAUAGUUUGA